UUCACUAGGGACGCCACUUUGAAUCGAAGGCCUUAAUUUAGCUUCUCGAAUUCGCUUUACAAUGCUGAAAGUAUGAAGAAAAUUUUCAAAAGUGGUAAGGCGAAGGUGAAAGGUCCCGCCCCAGCGCCAACUGCUGAUGCAGAAUUCGAUCCUCCAGGUUAUUCAGUGAAAGAAAAGGACUUACCGAAAUUGCACAAGUCGGCCUGGGGCGGGGAGUUGGCGAAAGUGCAACAACUGAGCAAAAAGGGAGAUGUCAAUCAACUUGAUAAAGAGAACAGAACUGCUCUUCAUUUGGCUUGUGCUCAUGGCCACAAAGAGGUCGCAGCAUUCCUGGUGUCAAACAAAGCUAAGCUGAACCUCUGCGACAAUGACCAGCGUUCACCUCUUAUGAAGGCUGCCCAGGGUAACCAUGUGGCUUGCUUGGAGACCCUUCUGAGGAACAAAGCAGACCCUAACCUGGUGGACAAGGACGGCAAUACUGCCCUGCACCUCGGUGCCCAUGGGGGCUUUGUGGAUGUCGUUCUCCUCCUGUUGAAGGGUGGGGCUAUGGUCAAUGCCCCCAACAAGAAUGGAAGUACACCGUUGCACUUAUGCACAGAGGCCAAGCAGGAUGUCAUGGCAGAGGUGUUGCUGGACAACGAUGCUGAUGUCAAUGCAACAAACAACAACAACAGGACUGCUCUGAUGCUGGCAUGCCAAUCGGACCAAAUUGGUCUGGUCAAGUUGCUGUUGGAGCAGAAGGCAGACACUGAGAUCAAGGACAGCAAGGGAUGGACAGCCAAUGACCAGGCCAUCAUGGGAGGAUUCCAUGGGUGUUCCCAUCUGAUUGACGAGGCCAACUCGAGCCGACGUCCCAGGUCCGCCGUGGGCCGGCCUGGGUCCAGCAUGUUUGGCUCCACAGGAGGCUCGGUGGGAGUGGGGCUUGGCUUCAGCCUCGGGGGAGCUGGUGCUAAGGAUGAAUUUGAUGAUGACGAAGAUGAUCUUUCUAUUGGAAAGGAUUCCUUUGGGGAUGAUUCCUGGGCCGCUUCAGCUUCUGAAGUAGAUGAACCUGUCAAACCUAAACCAAAGGUAAGGCAGAAUUUCAUGCCACAAUACUUGAAAAGAUGCCGUGAUGGUUACGAUUCUCGCAUCUCAGCAAUCAACAGCCUCCAAGUCCCGCAUCCCCCGAGCAGUCUCCAAAGACAGUCUUGCCAGCGCGGCCAGUGCCCGUUCUGCCUCCUGCACCAACCAAGACGGCAGCAAGAUCCCACGACUGGCAGCCAAGCCUGCCGAUCCCACCGCUGCCACCUAUUCCCCUACAAAGGCCAAGGUCUCAACACCAGGAAGGGGUCGCUCAGUCAGCGAUGUCUCGCCCUGGGAUGA